AAAUGUACAUUAAAAAGCCGUUUUGACAUACAAGACAGUUCAUUCGGAAUUGUAAAUCAAGUGUCGGUGGUGGUGUGUAGAAAGGUUAGAUAAGAAGUAAUAAAGCGGCAAUUGAAAUAAAAAAUUAAGAUGGCGCACAACGGAUUUUUAAAACAAAAACCAGGAUUUGCCACGAUUGCUAUACAUACCGGUCAAGAACCAGAAAAAUGGAAAAGUGCGGCCGUAGUGCCACCGAUUGUUAUGUCCACUACUUUCAAACAACCGGCUCCGGCUGAACACACGGGUUUUGAGUAUGGGCGAUCAGGAAAUCCAACUAGAAAUACUUUAGAAGAAUGCCUUGCGGCAUUAGAUGGUGGAAAACACGGAUUUACUUUUGCUUCUGGUCUUGGCGCAAUGUCAACAGUUGUGAUGCUGCUUAGUAAAGGCGAUCACAUCGUUUCAAUUGAUGAUGUCUAUGGUGGCACAAACCGUCUUUUAAGACAAGUUGUUACAAGAAUGGGAAUCGACGUCACUUUUACGGACACUACAGUUCCUGGAAACUUAGAAAAAGCAAUUCAAAAAAAUACAAAGAUGCUUUGGCUAGAAACACCGACAAACCCGAACAUGAAGGUUGUUGAUAUUGCCGCUGCAGUCAAAACAGCAAAGAGUCUCGGUGACAUUAUUGUCGUUGUAGACAACACAUUCCUUACACCUUACUUACAAAAGCCUUUGGACUUUGGAGUGGAUAUCGUUUUAUAUUCCUUAACAAAAUAUAUGAAUGGUCAUUCUGAUGUAGUUAUGGGAGCAGCGGUUGUCAACGAUGAAGUUAUAGCCGAUAAACUUCGAUUUUUACAAAAUUCAAUGGGAAUUGUUCCAUCACCAUUUGAUAGUUACUUAGUCAACAGAAGUUUGAAAACAUUGGCUUUACGCAUGGAGCGUCAUAAAGAAUCUGCACUAGUAGUUGCCAAAUGGUUAGAGUCACAUCCAAAUGUUAUCGAAGUAAUGCACCCAGGCUUGCCUUCCCAUAAACAAUAUGAUAUCACCAAAAAACAAACGAGUGGUCAUUCUGGAGUUUUUAGUUUCAAACAUGCUGGAGAUCUAAAAGAAUCAAGAAAGUUUCUAAGUUCGCUGAAAGUAUUCACAUUGGCAGAAAGUUUGGGGGGAUAUGAAAGUCUUGCGGAAUUACCUUCGCUGAUGACACAUGCGUCAGUUCCCGAGAAGCAGCGUGAAGAACUUGGAAUCACACAUGCACUGAUAAGGCUUUCUGUUGGGUUAGAGGAUGUUGAAGACCUCUUAGCAGAUUUGGACAGCGCAUUCAAAGUAGCAUUUGAAUGAAUUAGCAAGUUUUAUUUAAAUUCAGACAAUCUCUUAUUCGUUUACAUUUUAUUUAAAUUAGUAUUUUACUAUUGUUAGACAGGAUGUCUAUGAGACGCAGGUUUGAUUACGCAGUACCUAUAAAAAAAUUACAAUACUUUUCAUUAUUACGUUAUUUUACUAUAAACUGUGUUUAUUGAAUAUUAAUUUAUAUUUAAUUGUGUAUUGUGUAUUUAUGUGAUAGGUACAUUUUACAAUAAAUUAUGUUUUAAGUAGGUGUAAGUAGUUACGUCUCAUAGAUGUCCAAAAAUGAAACUUCUUGUUUUGUUACUUAUUUACUUUUGUUUGUAUACGACAUUCUCAAUAACUAGCAUAUUCGCAGUGAUAUUUUGUAUCUCAUAAUUUAUGGGUUAACAAUUUUGUUAUAGAUUUAAGUCUUGUUAAGCUUCGACAUGUGAAUUAUCAUAAUGUUAUUCAAUCAUUAAAUCUUCACAUACUUUCAUGCAUAAAUCUUAUUUGACAACACACAAUAGGGUUUACUGGUUGAACUUAACAUAUCAAUAGAAAGGUUAAUUGUGUGCAUUUGUUUACACUUUGUGGAAAUAUUGUCGUGACAGUAUUUUACUGAACUUACUAUUCCCUACCUCAUUGUGAUUCGUUUUCGAAAGUGCUAUUUUGGAUGUUUAUUAUCACAAUUUUAUUUUAUUUUCUGAUGUGCUGAGAACUUAAUAUUAUUGAAAUAAUCCUCUUAUAUUUACUUUUUUAUUUAUUGAAAUACCGAUAUUUAUUGAAGAAUUUUCACUUCUGAUUAUUUUGGUACUAUUUUUAUGUAUUAAUAUGCCAGACAAUAAAAAAAUCAAACCGA